AUGCCAAUGCAACCGACUGUGGUCCUUCUGCGAGAAGGAACCGACACAUCGCAGGGAAACCCCCAAUUGCUCUCCAACAUUUCAGCAUGUCUUGCGAUCGCACAAACUCUUGCAACAACCCUGGGCCCUAGAGGAAUGGACAAGCUUAUUGUCAACGAACGUGGAGAAGCCCAGAUUACCAAUGACGGUGCAACUAUCCUGAAACUUCUCGAUAUCGUACAUCCUGCUGCGCGGACUCUGGUCGACAUCGCUCGCGCACAAGACGCUGAAGUCGGCGACGGAACCACUAGUGUCGUUUUAUUGGCUGCCCAAUUCUUGAAGGAGGUCCGGGGCUUCAUUGAGGAUGGCGUCAGCCCGCAUAUUAUCAUGAAGGGCUUCAGACAGGCAACAAAACUCGCGAUUGACAGAAUCAAAGAGCUGCAAGUCUCUGUCGACAAGUCCGACCCAGAGAAAUUCCGAUCCCUCCUCCUCAAAUGCGCCUCUACUUCUAUGUCAUCAAAGCUCAUCCACUCAGAAAAACCUUUCUUCUCCAACAUGGUUGUCGAGGCUAUCGAAUGCCUCGAUCCUGAUGAUCUCGACGAGUCGUUGAUUGGAGUAAAAAAGGUGCCCGGAGGUGGAAUGCAGGAUUCCCUCCUCAUCAAGGGUGUUUCUUUCAAGAAGACAUUCACCUACGCCGGUGCCGAACAGCAACCCAAGUACUUCCGCGAUCCUCUUAUCCUUUGCUUGAACGUCGAGCUCGAACUCAAAGCCGAGAAGGACAAUGCUGAAGUCAGAGUGGAGCACGUUUCCGACUACCAGGCAAUCGUUGAUGCGGAGUGGGAGAUCAUCUACCGCAAGUUGCAAGCAAUUGAGAAGACGGGAGCCAAGGUCGUCCUCAGCAAAUUGCCGAUUGGAGAUCUUGCUACCCAAUGGUUCGCGGACCGGGAUAUCUUCUGUGCUGGACGCGUCGCGGCAGGUGACCUCCGCAGGGUUGUUCAGGCGACUGGUGGUUCUAUUCAAUCCACUUGCUCGGAUAUCACCCGAGAGCAUCUGGGCACUUGCGGCGUCUUCGAGGAGCGACAGAUCGGAGGUGAAAGGUACAACAUUUUCGAGGGCUGCCCCAAAGCGAAGACCUGCACUUUGAUUUUGCGUGGUGGUGCGGAGCAGUUCAUUGAGGAAGUGGAGAGGAGUCUUCACGAUGCACUCAUGGUCGUGAAGCGUGCCAUCAAGAACGGGGAAGUAGUUGCGGGAGGUGGAGCUAUUGAAAUGGAACUUUCGGCUUACAUUCGCAAGCAUGCCCUCACGAUCCCCGGCAAGUUGCAAUUGAUCCUAGCCGCUUUUGCAAAGGCACUGGAGACCAUCCCCCGACAAAUUUGUGAUAAUGCCGGCCUCGAUUCGACUGAUAUCCUCAAUAAAUUGAGAAUGAAGCACGCGACCGAUGGCAAGUGGUUUGGUGUUGACGUGGAUGGCCCGUCCGGUAUUCGGGAUAACAUGGAGGCUUUCGUUUGGGAACCAAGUCUUGUCAAAAUCAAUGCCAUCAGCAGCGCUUCGGAGGCCGCCUGCUUGAUCCUGAGCGUGGAUGAGACAAUCAAAAGUCCCCAAAGCGAGGCGCCAAACGCGGGACCCAAGGCACCACCUGGCACCGCGCAGCGGGCCUUGAGAGGCAGGGGGCGAGGCAUGCCGGGUCGUCGAUAAAGCAAAGUGUACUAGAAGUUUCAGUAAAUCAUUCUAAUGCUAGAUUGGGU